AUGGAAGCUUGCCAUAUUCUCUUAGGUAGGCCGUGGCAAUUUGACCGCAAAACCACCCACCAUGGACAUACCAAUGAGAUCACCCUCCAACAUCAUUCGAAAACUUUUGUGUUACAUCCCUUCACUCCUACUCAAGUUGCUAGUGACCAAGCUCAAAUGAAAGCUAGGAGGGAGGAAGAGAGUUCCACCAACUCUACUAAAUUAUCCAAGGCUUCUAAGAAAAAGGUAGAGGAAGUCUCUCCUUCUAAGGAUGUUCAUCAUGAAGUGCUUCUCACUCAUAAAACUCUUUUACAAACUCUUCAUGUUGAACACCCUUCCUACCUUUUGUUGUGUCAUGCUAUCCUUACAUGUCUCCAACAUCCUUCACUUAAGGACCUACCUCCUUCUGUCUGUGCUCUUCUCCAUGAAUUUGCGGAUCUUUUCCCUAAGGAUGGUCCCCAAGGCCUCCCACCUUUUAGAGGAAUAGAGCACAAAAUUGAUUUUAUCCCAGGGGCUAGUCUACCUAAUAGACCAGCCUAUAGGACAAAUCCAAUUGAGACUAAAGAGAUAGAGACUCAAGUGAUCGAGUUGUUAGACAAAGGAUGGGUCCAAAAGAGUCUUAGUCCUUGUGCUGUUCCCGUGUUGUUGGUGCCCAAAAAAGAUGGAAAUGUCUAUUCGGAUUUGGUGAAGGUCUUCUAUGCCAACCUUAAGUUCAUUAAUGACAUCCACAAAUCAAGUGUCAAAGGUGUUGAGAUGAAGAUUACUAGGCAAACAUGA